AGUAUGCUUACGUUACGUUUGUAGCAAAUAGGGAUUAUCUGAACUUAUAAAGCAGGAUACAUAUAUAAAAGCAGAUAAAUGUUUAAACAAUAUAUUGAAAUGGUAUAUUGUGGUAUUAUAAAUCGAAGAAUCGUAUUAAUUAUGCAUGUAUAAGAAAUAAAGAAUAAUUGACUAAAGUACAUUGGAUCCCUUGUCCAGAAAUUGUUCACAUAACGAACCAAUGAAAUUUUGGUCGCAUGACAAAUUAUGUUUACACUCUAUUUGAUCUUCUCAUGAAACAUAUUUAUUACGUGUAUUUCGCUUCAACAAAAAAAUUCAAACCCAACGAAACACGUGUAAUUUGUGUUUAAAAACUUUGUAUAAUAUGUAUUCGUUCGCAUGAAUUUCGAGGUUAACUUACUACGAAUAGUCCUUUAAAAGUAUAAACCAUUCCUAAUCCAUAACCUUGGUUUACAUAACACAAAGAUAACAAAAAAUGACGCAAACAGGGAAAACCAAAGUAAAAAAUUAUAAAGGCAGUACAAAACAAACCAAAGCGCGAUUACCCCAGUAUAAAAGCAAAAACAGGCUCGUUCGAGGAAAGAGGAAGUCGGUCCUUAAAUGUUUAAAUAUGAAUUCUUCAUCUUCAAAAACCAAACGAGUUCAGGGUGCUCCAUCAAGUGCAUCUUUACAUGAUAAACAACCAGCUUCGGAGCGUCUUGUAAACAGAAGGAAGAAAAACACGUACACUAUUGUUAAAGGAUCUAGCACUAAAACACAACAUUCUAUGGGCCUUUCUGUAGAGCAGAAUGAUGACUCCAAAAGUGCAAGAGACAGAGACCACAAGCAGUAUGAUAUUACACAGCAUCAAAGAAACUUAGGUUCACCUGUGAUAGUUGAAACACUUUUAGAAUCGCUGUCGUCCCUAAGCAUACCAGAAAUACUUAGACAGAACCAAAAAGCAAAAGUGGAAAAUACUACUUGCCAUUAUAAGCUUUCAAAAUCACAAAGUACUGGCUCCAGAAAGAGUGAAGCUCGUAUUAUUGUCGGGGAAUCGGUAAAUCCAAACGAUAUUUCUUCUAGUUCAGGGAAUGAUACCAGACGAACAUCACCAUUAAAAAAUAAUCAUAGACAACGAAAAAACAAGACACAGUCAGACGAUAUAAAUCUCAAUGAUUUUGCUUCUGAGUGGAACUCCAGUGAAACGACUCUCACAUUCGAAAAAUGCCUUAGCAACUUUGAUACUAUAAAUAGAAACAGCAGUAUAUUAGAAGUGAAAACUCCAUCUGCAACUAUCACAAAGAACAGGAAUAGUAUUCUCGAUGAUCAGUGCCAGCCGCGAUUUUAUUCUUUAAAAGACAAAGUCGUCGUCGUUAUGCCAGAGAAAUCUCGAUUCUGUUUCACUGGUAAACUAGUUUUAAAAGUCCUGUACGGAGCGGUGGAAGCUUAUGGAUGCGUGAUCACCAGGGAGUCCAAACCAAUUGAAAUUUACUCUCCAAAAGGAUACAGUAGCGUUUCGAUCGAAACCAGUCAGAAAUUUUCACCAGAUAACGAGCCAGAUAUUUGGACGACCGUUACCGCUGAAGGUAUCAUUCGAGGCACGAAGAACAAAUUGGUCGACGACAUAGAUAAACUUCAACCUGGUACAGCGGUCAUCCUCUUGACGAAUUUAGAAAAUAAAUUGACCAAGUUCUUGAACGUUUUUUAUCCAUUAAAACUAUUUCCAAAAAUAAGAUAUGUGCCCUAUCAGGGUUGGACCGAUCCAAAGAGAGCCGAGAUGAUACUGCAAUCGAAUCUUUACGUUGACGGAUCUGCUUUCAAAGAAUUGGUCAUCGACAAACGCAUGACGCAAGAUGUUAGCGAGAAAAUGUUGAAUCGUUGGCACGCGAAGGAAUGGUCGUGCACCUUAAUCGCUGGUGGAAAAAACGUUGGGAAGUCCACUGCCACGCGUUACUUGAUAAACAGUUUGUUACCUGUUUCCAAAAUGGUGGUUCUAGUGGACGUAGAUCCUGGCCAAACGGAAUCUACACCGCCAGGCUGCAUAUCUUACAGUUUGAUAGAGCAACCGCUAAUGGGACCAAACUUUACACAUUUAAGUAGCCCGGCUUUCCAGCUGUACAUUGGCGAUGUCAAUGUGUCGCGUUGCAUAACGCGAUACAUCGAGGGGAUCAAAGUAUUGAUGGACAAAUUGUUAAGUUGUCCUAUUCUGUCGCGUUUACCUAUCGUCGUUAACACGAUGGGUUUCUGUCAAGGUAUCGGAUGGGACAUCAUUUUGUUCACCAUAAAAUUGAUUCGACCGUUUCUAGUGGUACAGAUCAUGUCCGACAAGUCAAAGAAUAACUAUCCUGACUACUUGAAAAAACAGGUUGUGAAUAAACAGGAACUUUUGCGGGCGUCUUGGACUACGAAUAUCGUCGACAGUAGUCAACCGUGCGACCAUGAGUUAUGUGUGGUUCGUUCUCAGGCUGAACGUAAAAAUGCUGCGGGAAAUGAGAGUCAGAAUUUAGAGCCGUAUCAGCAGCGAGAACUCGUGAUGAUCUCUUAUUUAAGCGAGAUUAUUCGGACUCCUGUAAUUUCUAUGUCGUGUUACGAUACGGCAUCUUUAGACAUUACCGAAGCUGUGCCAUACGUGACGUCUUUUUCCUCGUUGUUUAUUUCGCUUCCACGAACCACCGCGCCGCCAACACAUGUUUUGAACGUAGUGAACGGUAACAUAGUAGCUCUGUGCGGAAUCGACGGGGUAGAUGAAUCACGAGAGAUCGAAUGCACGUCUGGUCUGCGAGUAUUGACCAGACUGCCUCUUUGCACAUGUUACGGUUUUGGAAUCGUGAGGGGAAUUGACACGGAACGAGAGGAAGUAUACAUAAAUACGCCAUUAUCACCUUCCAUGAUGCAGCACGUGAAUUGUUUGGCAGGAUGCAUUCCAGUACCCGUUACAUUGUUGCAGUUAAAUCAGCACAGGAACGCUCCUUACACUGGUGGCAAUAACGUUUUGCCAACCAGUCGAGAGCCUCGUAGAGGAUACUUCCGUAUGAGACCCCAGCAAGCUCAAAGUAAUUCUUAACGAGUACCUCGAAGACCAUUGUUUGUAUCGGUAGGAGUUGUAUAUACCGAGUUGUAUUUUUCGGGGGAAACCAUUUAUAAUGUCAUUUUUUAUUUUUCAUUUUAUUUUGGUUUUUAUAAUGAAAGAAGAAACUGUACAAAAUGUACGAUAUUUUUGACGCGUGUGUAAAAUAUUGCCCGCGCUUGAAAGAAAAUAAAGAAACAAAUUCGUAUCAAACUUUUUCAUUUUAUUUUUCAUUUUAUUUUGGCUUUUAUAAUGAAUGAAGAAAGUGUACAAAAU